GUCCUGUUGAGCGUCGUGUUGUCAUGUGAGUUUCAUUCAAUCUGCGCCAAUGCAAUUCAUUACUUCGAUUCAAUUACAAGAAAGAACUUGAAUUGUCUAUGGGAACAAAACAAAUCCUUCAAGCUUGCUUAAACCAGCAAACGCCAAUCCCUGCAAACCAGCACUGACGUAGUGCAUGUAGUUCAAUUCAAGAAACUUGAGUAUUGGAAAAGAACUCAACAAACGGCUCCAACAUGGCCCCUGCAGCAGUCGACUAUUCCCUCUAUCUAGUGACGGACUCCACGCCCGCCAUCCUCGGGGACAGGGACCUAGUCGAGGUAGUCGAACAGGCCCUGCAAGGCGGAGUCACCAUCGUCCAGCUCCGUGAGAAGACUGCCGACACGGGAGAGCUCAUCAAGAUCGGAAAGGCCUUACACGAAAAAUGCAAACAGCACGGCAUCCCUCUCCUCAUCAACGACCGUGUCGAUGUUGCUCUCGCCGUUGGAUGCGAGGGCGUGCAUGUCGGCCAGGAUGACAUGAACGUCGCCACGGCUCGACAACUGCUCGGCCCUGACAAGAUCAUCGGAGCAACAGUAUCAUCCAUCGAAGAAGCCAGGAUAGCCGUCGAAAGAGGUGCAGACUAUCUCGGCAUCGGAACCCUCUAUGCCACCAACACGAAGAAAAACACCAAGGACAUCCUCGGAAUUAAUGGCAUCCGCAAGAUCCUCCACUAUCUCGGCAUCAGCGAGGACGAAAAGACACGAAACAUCAAAACCGUCUGCAUCGGCGGCGUCAACGCUUCAAACGUCCAGAAUGUAAUCUACCAACUUCUCGCCCCGAGCCUUAGCAACCCUGAACCUAAAUCCAUCGACGGCGUCGCUGUCGUGAGCGCCAUCGUAGGUGCUUCAGACCCAUCCAAGGCCUCACAAAACCUCCACAAGCUUAUCACCUCGCCGCCGCCCUUCUCCUCAAGGACAUCAUCCUUAAACCCGCCCAUUUGGCACGAUGACAACGCCGCCGAGCUCGACAACAUUGCAUCCACUGCCAUCACAUCGCUCGCCGCCGUCCGCAAGCACUCCCCCCUCUCGCACAACAUGACCAACCUCGUUGUGCAAAACUUCGCCGCCUCCGUGGCCCUCGCCAUCGGUGCCUCUCCUAUAAUGUCGAACAACGGCGCAGAAGCCCUCGACCUCGCCAACCUCGGCGGCGGCCUCGUUAUCAACAUGGGCACCGCAACCCCUGACGCCCUCAACAACCACCGCCUCGCCAUCUCUGCCUACAACUCCGUCGGCGGGCCCAUCGUCCUGGACCCUGUGGGCGCGGGCGCCACCUCCGCACGCCGCUCCGCACUCUCCUUCCUCCUUGCCAGUGGGCAUUUCUCCCUCAUAAAAGGAAACGAACGGGAGAUUCUGUCCGUCGCACGCGCGAGCGGCUUCACUCUCAGCCUCCCGAACGAGCAACAGCAAAAGGGUGUCGAUAGCGGGGAUUCCCUUUUCACACUCGAGCAGAAAGCAUACAUUGUAUCCCGGAUUGCGGCGAGGGAGCGCAACAUCGUGCUCAUGACCGGAGCGACGGACGUCCUGAGCGACGGGUACCGCACCUGCGCUAUUCGCAACGGCCACGAGUACCUCGGCCUCAUCACUGGAUCUGGGUGUACGCUGGGCACCACGCUGGCUUCGUAUCUGGCUGCUGCGAAAAAGGAGGGCAGCGACGCAUUCUACGCUGCGGUCGCCGGCAUACUGCACUACGAGAUCGCAGCCGAGCGCGCCGCGAGCGCUCCCAGCGUGAAGGGUCCAGGAACCUUCAUACCAGCUUUCAUAGACUCAUUGUACCACUACGGGAGAGACGAGUCGGAGGCGCCGCUCUCGUGGCUACGCUCCGCACUCAAAGUUGACCUUUUCAAAAGCAUCCCCGACGCAGGAUUAUUGCAAUUACCAUAGACAUCCCUCCCUCCACCCUUCAUAUAUAUAAUCUACAAAUACAAUACAUACAUCCUCCCAUGAACCUAUCCUAUCCAUCAAUCCCUCUCAAAAAGACAAAACUCAAACGCCA